CGACCAGGGCCACCAAGGUCGUGCGAUAGAGGCGGCGGCCGCUUACUAUGAGCAGUGCAGUGUGGAGUGAGUGGCGGCGGCUGGCAGUUAGCCCAGCUCACUCAUGGAGACGUGGACCGUGAGGCCGCUCGCUUGUUCGGCCGCCGUGCUGUUAUCGUGGCAACCAAGCAUGCCCUUCGCCCCGGAACUCGUGCCACGGGCCUUAUGAAGGGUUGCGCGGGGUGCAGUGCGGUACACAAGUGUGAUAUUAACGGGUAGCGUUAAGUGUUAAGUGUAGAGAACCGUCCGUCGGGGGGGAGAAAGGCCCUGUCCUGGCCUUUGUGCCUUUGUAUCAAGUGUCAGCCGUUCCUACUCGAGAAAGACUCGAUGGUCAAGAUGGGCCUCAAGGAGCUUGAUUCGGGCGAGAAGAGGUGGAGUCAUCCGCCGAAGAAGAAGUGGAUUUAUAACUACCUCGCUGACGAUGAGGAGGCCAGCGAGGAGGCCGUGGCCGAGGGCGGAGUGAAGCGAGAGGUGCUGUACCGGCGGGCGGGCGAACCCUUCACCCGCUCUGUGGGCGUAACCACUGGGGGAAGCCACCCUCGUCACCACCACCAGCAACAAAACGCCCACGCCGGCGUGGCCCCUGUAUACCAGCGGCGGAUUCACACUUUAACGCCGCCGAGUGCAGGUGUCGUGGGUGGGGGUGUGAGGACUUCACUAGGCAUCGUGGGCAUCAGUGUGGGCGGGGGGCAGCAACAGCAUCAUCACCACCAUCUUUCGCCGCUGGGCCUGGUGAGUGCUUUCCGCCAGGAUUCCUCGUCGCCGCCCACGUCCACCACUUCGUCCGACGCCGGCGCGGCGCCUCGGCCCCACAGCGACGCCCUCCAUCCGCAUCUGACUAACGGCGUGAGUCGGCCCAACGGCCUCGCCAAGUCCCUCUCGCUCUCCCCGCCCUCACACAGCACCUUCCAGCAUCACGGCCUCUACGCCGCUGAGGAGAACCUCUAUAAGGACGACAAGAAACGCUCAGGGAGCACCCCAUCCCGCGAGGUGCACAACAAACUGGAGAAGAAUAGGCGCGCUCAUCUCAAGGAAUGCUUCGAGACCCUGCGACGCCAGUUGCCCUCCAUGGACGAUAAAAAGAUCUCUAACCAGACCAUACUGAAGGCCGCUCAUCGGUACAUCCAGAAUCUGAAAAGAAAGGAGCGGGAGUAUGAGCAUGAGAUGGAGCGUCUUGCGCGGGAAAAGAUUGCUCAUCAACAGAACCUGGCGACUCUAAAGAAAGAGUUGUCAGCUCGCUGGGACCAUAUUGACUUCAGUACCCUCCUGCCUGAUGCAGCGUCCCUUGACCAGCACCGCGACAAGGAGACCAAGUCCACAACCACUGCUUCCGAGCAGCCAGACCUGGACGAAGAGGCUGCAAGGGAUGCAGGCACACAGGCCUCUCCGAGCACCUCCAGUGACCCUCCCUCCUCACUCUCCCCACGUCUGCACAUUAACCAAUCUCAGGGGACUCCAAGCUUUACAACCAUUGAAACCACAAACAUAAAUGGCCUCGGUGCUGCUGGUCCCAGAGAUAACUUUGCAGAUCCCAACCAGCCAUUAAACCUGUCGACCAGUAUGGUUGAUUCAGCCAGAGCUUCUCCUCGGGGCCAGCAGGUGGUGGGCCAGGCAAGGUCCCCACACCACAAUGGUGAGUGGGGUGCCCGCCAGGCGUCCCCGCUUUAUGGCCAAGCUCAUUAUGACGCCACCACCAGUACCCAGGAGGAGGUGUGGGUGACACAUGCUGUCACGACCAUGACGCCUACAGUCACACGAGAUACCGUCACCACCGCACAUAGUGAACACCUUCCCAUCAUAGGCAACACUGGGAUCCACCUGCCAGCACAACUGGUUGCAGGUGGAAUGCAGCUGAAUGGUACUCCAGGGGGACUACUAGGGCAGACAGCCAUCCAGGUCAUCACACCAGAAGGCUACAAAUUGUUACCUGCUGACCAUGCUCCCAAUGGCUCUAAACCCCUCACUAUCACUCUGGCGCACCCUGCAGAAGGUUUGGAUAGGACAGAUAAUGCAGAGGAGGUCAAAACAAGUGCAGGCCCCAUGAUGGUGGCCCUAAACAAGAAUGGUGUGUCUGCUCUACACCUGGCUGUCCCGACAACAGCACGGUCACUCAAUCAGUCACAGGGCACUAAUGGAACAGUAACAACAGUGCCACUGAAUCUGAGUGUCGGAGGGACAGCAACGGUGAAGGUUAGCCAGGCAGCCACAUCCUCCCUCAUACCAUCUUAUCUCCCAAUUACUCAUGCCAAUGGUAUCACACAGUUGGUGUCUGGUCUCAGUAGCAACAUGGGAACAUUGGUACCUGGGAUAGGUACACCUCUAGUUGCACCACUGGUUGUCUCACAGCCUCAGCGUGCUGUGGUACCAUGCAAUGUCACAACUGUUGGAACCAAGGGCUUAAAAGCAACUGCAGUAGGAGGGAAUGCAACAAGUGUACCACUGGUACCAGCACAGUAUGCCACCUCUUUGACAGGAGGUGCUCUGGGCGGAUUAGUGAAGCCUGUUGUAGUCGUGUCUGCACCAGCGGCAGUAGCAGGAAUGAUGGCCGGAGCUCACACUGUAGCCUCCGGCAAGCCCUGAUGUGCACCAAGUGGAGACAAUCCCAGGAGAGUACAAGCCAUACCUCAGCUGUGGGCCACACGCGAGGCAGCCAGUCUCUACUCUAGCUCACAUUCACACCCACUCAUUGUUCAUCAUCAUUAAUUGUUAUCAUGAGAAACUAGUACAUAUUUUCAUGUUUAUUUUUAUGUGAGAUCUAACUUGUCAUUCUGGCAAGUUUCUCUGUGUACAUUUUCAUUACCAGUGAUGUCUAAGAUCGUAAGGAUAUCUGAACUAGUUAUUCUUAAUUUUUAAAAAUUUUAUUAGGAAAUUAUUUUAUAAGGUGGCCAGCCUAGAAUCUAGGUUGGACCAGGAAUUGUGUGGUAUUGAAGGUGACUUAAGGCCAGAACUGAUUCCCAGAUCUGGCCAGGCCACCAAACUGUGAUAGUGGUUCAUCUAGAGACCCUUUUUCUUUGAGGGUUUCUAGAUAGGACUCCAUUAUGCUAGUGUACGCUCACUGCUCAACAUGGCACGAGCUGCCAUAUGUGUGUUGCGAUCACUGGUGUAUAUAGCAUCACCCACCUGGUUGUUGGUGUUAUUGUUAUCUACCCUUGUUGUACUAUCUUGAAUAUGUAAUGUGUAUGUAUGCCUUUUUGACCAAAUGAUCCUUUUAAAGGUGACUAAAUGUUACUGUGGCUCCCCCUGUUGCUCUGCAUACAAAGUAUUGUAGAGUGUUUUGAUUGCUGACAGUGAUGACACCCCACUCAGGGUGACGCCGUUUCCCCCUUCCUCAGACCUGCCGCCCACUUUACACCAAAUGCCCCAAGUGUACAAAUUCAUCUGGUAUUCAGUUGUUACAUAAGAGUGUAUUGGCUGCGACAUACUGUAUGUACCAUGUGUUUUGUGUCACUCUGGGCGGCAGUACUGUGCCAGAUCUCAGGGUUGACGGGGGUCUUGGCCCCUGCUCACCUCAGUGCAAACAAGCCAUACCCAAACCCUCUUAAUUGAUAGUAAAAUGUUUCAAAUGUC